UUGGUCUAGUGGGAGGGGCUUAACAUAUAUAAGCCUCUGGCCACCUGAGCAUGGAGCUCCUUCUGAGAGUGUCUAUGAUCCAGACAGGUAAUGUGAAAUGAUAUGGCUGCAGUGAGCUGUCCCCUGUGAUGUCUGCACUGGAACCAAACUGAAGGCCCUGAAGUCCUGCCUGGUGUGUCUGGUCUCCUACUGUGAGACUCACCUGGAGCCUCAUCAGACCACGUCAGGCCUGAAAAGACAUCAGCUGAUCGACCCUGUGGAGAACCUGGAAGGCAGGAUGUGUACGGAGCACGAUAAACCUUUGGAGCUGUUCUGUAAGACCGACCAGACAUGUGUCUGCAUGCUCUGCACUGUUUUAGACCACAAGAUGCAUGAUGUUGUUCCUCUGAAAGAAGAAUAUGAAGGAAAGAAGGUAGAGCUGGGGAAGACAGAGGCUGAAAUUCAUCAGAUGAUCCAGAAGAGACGACUGAAGAUUCAGGAGGUCAAACAUUCAAUCGACCUGAGUGAGGAAGAUGCAGACAGAGAGAUAGCAGAAUGCGUUCAGGUCUUCACUUCUCUGAAGGAGUCUGCUGACAGGGGCCAAGCCAAUCUCAUCAAAACAAUAGAAGAGAAGCAGAAAAUAACAAAAAGAAAGGCUGAAGCUUCCGUCAAAGAGCUGGAACAGGAAAUCUCAAAGCUGAAAAAGAGAAGAACAGCGGUGGAGCAGGUGUUGCGCUCUGAAGACCACCUCCAUCUUCUCCAGAGUGUCCAGUCACUAAACACCAACCACUCUCCACCCACCAAGGACUGGAUAGAGGCAAGCGUCCAUCCAUCAUCAAAUGAUGUGGUGAAAGCUGUGGUUCAGCUGGAGGAGACACUCAGUAAACCGAUUAAGAAGCUGCUCCCUGAGUCUGAGAUGAAGAGGGUCCAUCAGUAUGCAGUGGAUGUGACUCUUGAUCCUGAUACAGCACAUCCUAAUCUCAUCCUGUCUGAUGAUGGGAAACAAGUGAAUAUUGGUGAUGUGAGGAAGAAUCUCCCAGACAACCCAGAGAGAUUUUCUGAGUGUGCGAGUGUUUUAGGAAAACAGAGUUUCUCUUCAGGAAGAUUUUAUUUUGAGGUUCAAGUUAAAGGAAAGACUAGAUGGGAGUUAGGAGUGGCCAGAGAGUCGAUCAACCGGAAGGGAAGCAUCACACUGAGCCCUCAGAAAGGUUACUGGACGAUAGUGUUGAGAAAUGAGUACAAAGCUGCUAAUGUCCCUCCAGUCCUUCUCUCUCUGAAGUCUCCUCCUCAGAAGGUGGGGGUGUUUGUGGAUUAUGAGGAGGGUCUGGUCUCCUUUUAUGAUGUAGAUGCUGCAGCUCUUAUCUACUCCUUUACUGGCUGCUACUUUACUGAUAAACUCUUCCCAUUCUUCCAUCCUAGUAGUAAUGAUAGUGGUAAAAACUCUGCCCCUCUGAUCAUCAUCUCUCCUGUCAGAGUAAACUAAUCCCUGAUCUCACUUCAAGUAUUUUCAAUCAAGGGAACAAAUUUACAUUCAUAUAUUUUUCAUCUCAUUUUCAACAGACUGUUUCCUAUGGUGACUGAUUUACACUUUAUUGCAUUUAUCAUAUGGUUAAAUGUGCAGCAAUUCUUUGCAAAUUGAAUCAAUCUUCAUAUUGACAUAUUUCGUGUCUUUAGAAACUGAUUUCUUUUGGAAGUUAUAAAUGUCUGUGGCUUUAACGGAGGUUUAAAUAGUUGUCCAAAAAACAUGUCAUGAUGCAUCAAAUUAAUGUUGAUGAAUUAUGACUGGAAACAAAGCAAUUGCAGAUAUCCACAAAUGGAGAAAACAACACAAAUGUUUUUAUUUUUCAUUUUCAAUAUCUAAAAUUAAAGGUAAAGUGCCAAUCUGAUGGGCCACUUACGAUCUUAGAGCUAUAUGGUGUAAAUUGGUUGUCUGAUGUUUUUAGUUGUUCUAUUCCUCAAUGAGACCGGACAGAGUCUGAAUUAUUGUGGCAUAAUUGCAGAAAUAAAGUUUGUUUGUUGAGACCAAGAA